GGGUGUAUAUAAACACAUAUUGUACAACAGCGAUUCAAAUACAUAUAAUGCUUUGUGGCGCUAGGGUUGCGCACGCUAGGGAGGGUAGUAACUGGCAAUGGGUAUGGUUAAGGGUUGUUGUGCUUCUUCACAUACGCUGAUAAUGUUAUUCGUACUCGUUAUUUUGCUUCAAAAAUUGUGCUCUACGACCCCAUCAGCGCGCAUGCCAAGUUGAGCGUGCUUUGAAACUCACUUGGCUUUGGACUCACUUCCAAAAAUUACUACAGAAACGGGAAGUUUUAGUUUUAGCGGUCGUUGGCGAAAAAUACGAAUUGCUUUAGAAAAUAUACACAUUUCCACAACGCAAUAAAAAAAGAAAAAAAAACGGUUAAGAAAAUCAACAUAAUUCCUUGCACUUAUUUUUAAUUUUAACUUAACGCUUGUAUGUAGAAAACCUCGUGAAAAUACACAUACGCAAAUGCAUAUAUAUAAAAUGAAGUGUAAAAAUGAUUUAAACAAAAAUAAUAGAAGGAAUAUGAUGGGCUAGUAUAUAUAAAUGGCCUUGUUCGCUGAGUAAAUAUAUGUAUACAUACAGGCAUAUAAUAUGUGCAUGUGAAUUCGAAUGUGUAUUUGUGAAGAUUAAAAGGCAAGCAACGUGAGAAGGAUGUGCUGUUUUUUUUUUAUUGUCGUAUGUGGCUAAAACGGUAACCAUACAGUGAGUGUAUCCAAUAUUGUGAUAACUAGCAUCUAAUAUAUUCAACUGACCAUUUUCGUGGGCAAUUUUCUUUUUCAAUAUAAACAUUAGCCCCCAUUUUUAUUGCUGCUUACGUUCGUACAUUGUUAUUGUGUGCGUGUGUUUUUGCCUGUGUAAGUGUAUGUUUAUUUCGGUACAUGUCCUGCAUAGCAGCAAAACUGUUGUCAUUGUCUGCUUUGUCGUUACUGUCGCGACUGUCGUUGCCACAACGGUGUUACGGUGUUGUACACUCCAACAAUCGUUAGAGUCAACAGUGACAGCCGCAUUGUUAACUUGUGCCGAUUAGUUUGCCUUUUUGCCAACUCGUUCGUAUUGGGUAAUAUUCUUAUGCACACUACACAAAAAUAUGGCAAUAGAUGCGCUUUUGCAUAUAUCAAGUUGUUGAGGACUUGUGUUGCAGGAGCAGCAGCAGCAGCAAAGGCAAAAGUAUGAAGAACACGAAAUAAGCGACAGAAAGAGCUCCAAAAUAAAAGCAUAAAAUCCACUUAGACAUUUUCAAAAGUGACGAAUGCAGAGAACAUAAUACAGAUUGUUGAAAAUGUAGCCGAAUUAAUAAAGGCAAAAUAAAGUGAAACACUUGCACUUGUAUAGUGCACAUCCAUGUCGUCCAGGUGUGAAAUUCUACAAUUGCAAGAAGUGUAACGUUAAAUUAUUUAUGUACAUUCAUAUAUACACCAAUGAUUGGAACGGUGCGGUUAUGCCUAAAAUCGUGCUUAAAAUAAUGCCAGAUAUGACUUAAAUUUGUUGCUGAGCUUGGCGUGUAAAAGCAACUGCAUUCACGCUACUGCGUGUAAGUAUGUACACAGAAUUAUUAAUAAUUAAUUGUGCAAACGAACGUGUAGCCUACGUAUAGGCUUUGGCCAAUUACUUUGAAAUGUGUGCAGUUGUGUUAACACACAUACAUAUGUGUUAGUGUGUGUAAAUAUUUGUAUGCAAAAUGAUAUGCAUGUGUGCAUAUUCACAACCGUAUGUAUGCGUUAGAUUCAUACACAUACGCCAACACGAAGCAAAGAUAAAAAAUAACAAAAAUAAGAAAUAAACAAAUACAUUACUAAGAAAAUGUAAAAGUAGGUCUAGCGUCAACACAGAAGCUAGUAUGUAUUGUACUUACACACGGUAUAAGAGUAACAAUAACAAUUAACUUACAGCAGUAACCUAUCCAAGUUAUCAACCAUUAUUAAUGCUGGUAUAAUCAAAGUAAUCAAGCUACAACAAAAUAAACGUUACAAGAGCACAUACUUCAUUUAGCAGCAUUUCAAGACCAGUAAAUUCGGAAAGCAACGUAGAGAUAUGCCUAUGUUGAAUGCGGCUGAUGAUAUACCAUGUAUUUGUAGCCUCUAACGAUUAUUAAAAGUUGCGAAUGAGAUCCACAAAUGAAAAAUUUACGCAAUUCGAUCAUCAAGAUGAGCAUGGCGUCGAUAAGUGAGAUUAUCGACCAGCAGUCACUUACUAGUCAACUAAUCGAUGACAACGGAUUGAUAACAACCGCUUCAUCUGCAACAUCUGAUCGACGUGGAUCCGAGAUUGGCGUGAGCGUAGAUCAUCCAUCAUUGUCGCAUAAUUCAGUGCUCGUGGUUGGUCAUCGCACGCCGUCGUCUUCACCGGUUCCUGCUCUCUCCGCCCACAAUGUCGUUAUAGACGAUCAUAACGUGGUUGCACACACGGUAGUAACAACCAGUAAUGGUACCAUCACCGAUGUGGAGGGUGCUGGUCCAGUCGUAAUGGUACGCACAAUCAUUGAUGGCCUUAGCCAUAGUCCAGUGCAUUCGACAUUUCAAACCCCAACAACUGUUUCGGUUCAAAGUCAACAUGAAGAACAGUUAGAUAGGCAGCUACAUAACCACCAUCAUUUACAUCAGCACCAACAGCAUCAUCAACUUGUGACAUCACCUCAUCAACAGUUGCUACAAAUUGCAAAUACACAUCAAAAUCCCCAAAGUAAUCAUCACCCCCAGCAACAUCAUAAAGAUCGUUUGCAAGCUGGCAGCUCUGUGGAUUUUGUAGGCACUGAUGUGACGCUCGAUGAAUUGUCAGUAUGUUCUUCGCCAAACCCACGCACUGUUACAAAUAUUAUUGAUGUCAAACAAGAGGACAAAGUAGUUGUAAUAGAAGAGCUUGACAUGGGCCGUAAGAAGAUUCCUAAGCGAAGGGUUGAAAACCAUUGUAGUGUUCACAGAACAUUGGAUGUAUCCCAUAUUGAUGUUGACGUCGGUGUAGGUGGGAUCGACGAUCUUUCAGCGGAUGCGGUAGAGGUGACGUUAAAUCAACAUCACCAUGAACAUGUUCAACUGCAGGAACAGCAAUUGCUGCACCAUCACUAUGGGAGCGGUGGAGGAAGCAGGAAUGGCAGUAAUUCGAUAUCGCAACAUGCCCAUGACAAUUUAAAUGAACAGCAGCAGUCACGUCAAUGUCAUCAGGUCGGAGAAUCAAAUAACCACCAUAGAAAUACACAACAUUCUGCACCACAGGGCCAUCUCCGGCAUCAAACAUCGCAUCAUGAAGCUUUGUCAGUCAUUGUGCAGCAACAUGAGGAUUCCCGCGACUCGGCUUCUCAUAUACUUAGUCCAGAGCUGGGUGUUGUGAGUGUUGGGGUUGUGGGUGAAAAUUCGUUGGAACCGACUUCUUAUCAAACUUUGACAUCCGUGAAUGAGCGCAUUUCUCCGCCUAGCUUUAGCCCAACAUCUUCAUAUGCGACAUUGACACCGCUGCAACCAUUACCGCCUAUAUCAACAAUGUCUGAUAAGUUUGCCUACGGCGGUCAUAUAAAUGGCAGCGGUGUGAACGUCAUUGGUAAUUGUGUUGGAGGUGGUGCUAGUAGUAAUAGCAAUUCCUCUUCGGGCGGUGUUGGACCAUUCGCAGUGCUGCCACAUCAAGGUAGUCUGGGCGGACUUAGUUUAAGUAGCCUUAGCGGCGUACAAUCGCCAUAUUCAUCUUAUGAUAAGUUGCCAUCGAUAGGUAUGUCGAUGUCUCCGCCCCACAAUUAUGGCUCCUCACCAUCGCAUACAUUAUCGGGCAUGGUGGUAGCGUGUGAACUUCAUAAUGCAUCGCCAAGUCCAUGUGGUGCCCUCUCUCCACAAUCUGCAUACAGUCAUUCUACAGAAUUGCAUUCUCCUACGCUGUCGUCUACCUGUAAAACAACAAAUGGUGGUAUUAUCACCAGCAAUGUCUGCAGUAACAGCAGUCUUAGUACCGGUGCAACAUCUCUUCAUAUUAAUCAAGCUGAUUCACAAAAACAGCUUAUAUGCCUAUCCCAACCCGUAUCAAUAGUUAAUGACACUGUGGUUGGGGAGAAUGUUAUUGUAACAGGUUACGAAUCACCGUACAGUAUACAUCAACGGGAUCUUUUAGUGACAACAACGCCAUCUUCCUCAUCGACAUCUGGCGGACGAAGUUCUCAAUUGCAAUUACAGCACAGCCCAAUUUUGAGUCCACACUCCAUAUCAGCUGGUUCAGUAUCGUUAAAUUCGCCUGGGAGUUGUAGUAUGGUCAACCAACCUGUGGUAACAUUGCCGCCCAUAAAUGGUGCAAUGGCAACUCUAUCUGCUGCCUCACUAGGCAGUAGAGGCAUCGCUGACAUUUCACGGCUGGAGCGAGAUGCUGUGGUAGUGUCGCUUACUCCAUCGCCUCCACCAAACGAUAUGAUGGGAACAGCCACAACUCUGCUAACAAUCCAACAACCAAUGAGUCAUGCGCAUCACCAACAACAACAACAACCACAUUUAGUCACUGUAACAACAGAACAGCACCACAUGGACACACAUCCUGUUACCAGUGAUUGCAACUUAAAUGUUAGCAGUAGUUUGCGUCUCUCCAAUGUUAUGGGUGGACAAAACUUGCUUAGCAACAACAAUAUUUUGUGCAAUAUGGGACAGCAGCAACGACAAAUUUCGCAACAGAAUUCUCAAAAUGAUCAACAACAACAGUUACUGCUUAAUAUCCAACAUGUAACAAAUAUUAACAAUGGCAGUAACAGUUCAAGUGGAUCUAGUGGAUGCAACACAACAGGUGGUGGUGGUGGAAGUACCUGUAGUAGCAGUGGAGGAGCAAGUGGCUGCGCUGGCAGUGGUGGGGGUAGUACUCUCACCACCGGUGGCGAUGUAGAGGAAAUCAACACUAAAGAAUUAGCACAGCGUAUAUCUGCAGAAUUGAAACGAUAUAGCAUUCCGCAGGCAAUAUUUGCUCAACGUGUGCUUUGUCGUUCGCAAGGUACACUCUCUGAUCUCCUGCGUAACCCCAAACCUUGGUCAAAACUCAAGUCUGGCCGUGAGACCUUUCGACGUAUGUUCAAAUGGUUACAAGAACCAGAGUUUCAACGAAUGUCAGCCUUACGGAUGGCAGCAGCACAGAUACCUCAACGUAAUACCACUAAUAAUAACAGCGGCUCGGGGAACAAUUCAACUAGCGUUGGUAUCGUUAAUAAUAACAGUGUUGUCGUUUUAAAUAGCUCUAAUGGUGGUAGUGUAGGUGGAAAUGGGGUGUGCCGUCGUAAAGAAGAGCCUCAUAUCGAGCAUAUGCCUCAACCAAAGAAGCCGCGACUCGUCUUCACAGAUCUACAGAGACGAACACUUCAAGCAAUAUUUAAAGAAACAAAGAGGCCUUCGAAGGAGAUGCAAGUAACAAUUGCCCGUCAAUUGGGAUUAGAACCGACCACGGUUGGGAAUUUUUUUAUGAAUGCACGUCGUCGUUCCAUGGAUAAAUGGCGCGAUGAUGAUUCAAAGGGCCUAGGCAUGCAUCGUCAUAGUAAUGGGGUCAGUGGUGGCAACAAUCGUUUAAAUAAUAACAAUAGUCAUCAUCGCAACAAUCACCACCAACAGCAUCAGCAUUCACUGCAACAUGCUCAGUCACUUUCGCCGAGCAAUCAGCAUUCACUAGAUCUGGACGACGACGGCGAUAUGGACUUGGAUUUGGGUAAUGAUGAUUUCGACCUAGAUGGUGAACACGAUAAUGACACAGAUAAUGACGAUAUGUUGUGACACCAUACAG